AUGCAAUCAAUAGAUCUUAGUACCAAGUCCAAGUCCAGGCCCAAGUCUGGGUCAGAGUCAGAGUCAGAGCCAAGUACACUCGAGUCGCAAUCGACAAUUUUACUUAAUGAAACUAUAAAACACAUUUUCAAAUCCAAAAAAACUACAGUGAUCACCGGUGCGGGAAUAUCUUGUAAUGCCGGAAUCCCUGAUUUCCGCUCAGAUGAUGGAUUAUACAACAUGGUGAAGCACAAGUACCCGAAAUCCAUAGUUCGUGGUCAGGACCUCUUUGAUAUAAAUUUAUUUCGGGAUGAUGUCUCCUUGAGUAUAUUCUGUACUUUUAUGGAGGGGUUAUAUCUGAGUACACUUUCAGCUCGUCCCACAGAGACACACAAGUUUUUGAAACAUUUAAAGGACAGAGGUAAAUUAUUACGUUGUUAUACACAAAAUAUUGACUCGUUGGAAAAGGAAGUAGACUUAAAGAUGGGAAUAGAUAAAAAUGAGUUUGAACUGGGACGGUUUAAAGAAAAUUGGCAGAAAUUGGAUGUUGUGCAAUUGCAUGGUAAUUUGCACAAGCUAUCUUGUACUCGGUGUUUUGCAAGUUUUGAAUGGAAUGAAAAGUAUCAAAUGAUGUUGAAUGAAGGAAACACGCCUGAAUGCCAAAACUGUCACAAACAAUAUAUGGAUAGACUUUACCUGGGAAAACGAUUAACAGGGCAGAUUGGGGUUUUGAGGCCCGAUAUUGUAUUGUAUGGAGAAAAUCAUCCGCAAUCGGAGAUAAUCAGCCAGGGAUUAAAUACAGAUUUGCGGUCAAAACCAGACUGCUUGAUUAUCAUGGGCACAAGCUUAAAAGUUGAUGGUGUUAAGAAGCUAGUAAAGAGCUUGAGCAAUGAAGUUCAUAAGAAAGGCGGUAAAGUAAUCUUCAUAAACAAGACCAAAUUGAGCAAAAGCUGGGAAAAGUUUAUCGAUUAUGAGGUAUUGUGUGAUUGUGAUGAAUUUGUAAGGAUAUUAAAGAGAACAGUGCCUGAUUUGUUCUUGACGCAAGAGCAAAUUGAUUCAAAGAAGUUGAAAAACAAGGCUGAGCAGGUUUUCAUUUCGAGAGAAAAAGCAAAUGAUGUGAUUGGUGCGAUAGGGGUAAAACAAGAGUACAAUGGAAUAACUAUUAAAACAGAAGAGUCCCUUGGUCCUGAAAUCAAACAGGAGAUAAAAGUGAAAGUGGAACCAGGUUUGGAGUCGACGGAAUCUCCAUUGGGGAAGGUAAUCAAAACUGAAAUAUUGACACCACCUACUACACCAUCGAAACCAAAACCCGUUCUGCGAAAAAGGCCUCGGCAGCAGCAGCAGCAGCAGCAAAACCAAAAACAAAAACAAAAGCCGAAGCAAAACGAAGAGCAGGAGCGCAAUCAAGAAUUAGAACAACAGCAGAAACAACAGCGACCAACACUAACGAGAAAAGAUCAACGUGUAAAUUCCCCAUUACUGGAUACAGAUGAUAUAGAAAACAGAACAAAACGACUCAAGGGAAAUGAAGAGUUUCCUACACCUGUAUCUUCUUUUGAUGAUCUGAUACCCUUGCAGUCAUAUACUAUGCUGCAAUUGAACAGAAUUAAAAUUGAGAAAUUAAUACUGAGCUGA